AUGCUUAUCGUUCUUCUUUGUUCACAAGCACGAGUUUUGAAAACCUUUUGUUCUUUAACAUUUCUUCAUGAUACUCUCUUUUAUUUCAUUCUCCUUUUCAUCAUUUCAUUCUCUUUUUCGUUUUUCUCCCCCACCCUGUGUCUUUUGUUUUGUUUGUCACUUUUCAUUCUGCUCACUUUAAUUAUCACAAGGUUCAUUUGUUUUAUUAUUUUCCCUUUCUUUUACUUCCUCUCUCUUCCUAUUAGUCUUUCUUUUACUUCCUCUCUCUUCCUAUUAUUCUUUCUUUUAUUUCCUCACUUUUCCUAUUAUACUUUCUUUUACUUCCUCUCUUUUUCUGCUAUUCUUUCUUUUAUUUCCUCUCUCUUCCUAUUUUUCUUUUACUUCCUCUCUCUUCCUAUUAUUCUUUCUUUUACUUCCUCUCUCUUACUAUUACUCUUUCUUUUACAUCCUGUCCUUUUCUAUUAUUAUUUCUUUUACUUCCUCUCUUUUUCUAUUAAUUUUACUUUUACUUCCUCUCUUUUUCUAUUAAUUUUUCUUUUACUUCCUCUCUCUUCCUAUUAUUCUUUCUUUUACUUCCUCUCUCUUACUAUUAUCUUUCUUUUACAUCCUGUCCUUUUCUAUUAUUAUUUCUUUUAUUUCCUCUCUUUUUCUAUUAUUUUUCUUUUAUUUCCUCUCUCUUCUUAUUAUGCUUUUACUUUCUCUCUCUCUCUCUCUCUCUCUCUCUAUUAUUCUUUCUUUUACUUCCUCUCUCUUCCUAUUAUUCUUUCUUUUACUUCCUCUCUUUUUCUGCUAUUCUUUCUUUUAUUUCCUCUCUCUUCCUAUUAUUCUUUCUUUUACUUCCUCUCUCUUCCUAUUAUUCUUUCUUUUACUUCCUCUCUCUUCCUAUUAUUCUUUCUUUUACUUCCUCACUUUUCCUAUUAUACUUUCUUUUACUUCCUCUCUUUUUCUGCUAUUCUUUCUUUUAUUUCCUCUCUCUUCCUAUUUUUCUUUUUUACUUCCUCUCUUUCCUAUUAUUCUUUCUUUUACUUCUCUCUUUACUAUUACUCUUUCUUUUUACAUCCUGUCCUUUUCUAUUAUUAUUUCUUUUACUUCCUCUCUUUUUCUAUUAAUUUUUCUUUUACUUCCUCUCUCUUCCUAUUAUUCUUUCUUUUACUUCCUCUCUCUUACUAUUAUCUUUCUUUUACAUCCUGUCCUUUUCUAUUAUUAUUUCUUUUAUUUCCUCUCUUUUUCUAUUAUUUUUCUUUUAUUUCCUCUCUCUUCCUAUUAUUCUUUUACUUUCUCUCUCUCUCUCUCUCUAUUAUUCUUUCUUUUACUUCCUCUCUCUUCCUAUUAUUCUUUCUUUUACUUCCUCUCUCUUACUAUUACUCUUUCUUUUACAUCCUGUCCUUUUCUAUUAUUUUUUCUUUUAUUUCCUCACUCUUCCUAUUAUUCUUUUACUUUCUCUCUCUCCCUCUCUAUUAUUCUUUCUUUUACUUCCUCACUUUUCCCAUUAUUCUUUUUAUUUAA